GGUACCUACCUGUAAAUUGUAAAAUAAAAUGAAAAUAAAAAAAUAGGAGACUAGGGAAAAUCUAAAAAUUGAACCAUUAUGGAAUAUUAAAGAAAAAUAAAAUAUCGUAGGUUCUUUGAAAUCGUAAUUUAGAAAUCUAAUGUGAGGAGACGUUAGUUAAAUACGUCAGGCAUAAAUAAAAAAAAUUGAGCUAACUAAACAGCCUAAUAUAGACCUUGGACUUGGCCAGUAAAAUUGUUAACGAUGGCAGACGGAAAACAGUUAAUAAAAGAAUGGCUUAAUGAGUAUACAUCCUUGCAAGAACAUGAAAUAAAAAGUUUUGCAGCAGAACAUGAGCAUAAUCACGAAAUCGCAACAGCAAUAUUUAAUUUACUGAACAGCGAUGACGAAACUGGACAAUCGUCAAGUUCUAGUCCAGAAAUUGAUGAAGAGAUGCUGGAAAGUGUUUGCAUGCAAUUAUUUAGUUUCUACAGAUCCAAAGAGAUUGAGCUGCAAAGGUUUACAUUACAAUUUGUACCUGUGUUUAUCUAUAUCUACCUAAAAGCUGUUGCUAUUGGCAAUGCCAAAUCAUUUAGACCAAUUGAAACUCUGCUUAUUGGGUUAUAUAAUUUUGAAGUUGUUGAUGAAAACGGAAAACCUAAAGUGGUGUCUUUCAGAUUACCUUCUCUUGCACAGAAUUCAAUAUAUCAUGAGCCACUUAGUCUGGGGUCUCAGUUCCUAACUGAGAGUGCAUUGCGGAGAUGGGAAGAAUGUAACACAAAACUUGUCAGUUGGGGGCCACUUCCACAAGUUGAAGUUAUAAAUGCACAAAAUAGAUUGAAAGUGAUGGCAGCACUUUUGUUUGUUUAUAACAGACAUCUGAGUUUAUUACCCAAACUUGCCUUGAGACAUUUCUGCAUUGCUGCAUCUAGGAUUGUAACGCAAGGCUUUAAGAAAAAAGGAACUUUAUCAAAUGCAAAGUCUAUUCAAAGAAUUCCAGUAACUUCAAAUUUUAUGUUAGAAAUGAUAUUUGGGGCAUAUUUUGCAAUGUUCAACGAGUUUUACACAUUAGCCCUGCAGGCAGUAACAGAUAUAGAUGAGAGGGCACAGUAUGAACUAUUUCCAGAUGUGAUGUUGGUAACAAGUGCUGUUAUAAAUUCAUUGAAAAGUAAUCCUGCAGGGCAACCCUGUGACGGUCCAAUGGGAAUAAGUGUAGCAUUGUCUCCUGCAACAACCACUGUGACAAUGUCCAAAUCAAUGAUUACAAAUGCUUCAUUCCGUACCAAAAAACUUCCAGAUGACAUUCCAAUCCAAGCUGGCCAAGCAGUUCCAACAGAAAAUACAGAUAUGUUGACUUCAAUCAUAGAAGAAGGGGAGGUGGAGAAUGCGGCCCACAUGCAAAGGGGAGCUGCAGUACGAAAUUCUAAACCGAAACUUAGUUCUUUUCCAGUUCUAGGUAAAAAGACAAAAGAUGUUAAAAAUACUACCAUAACAGAUAAAAAAGGUAAUACCAAAGAAUCUAAAGGCAUGUGGAAUGCUAUUAGUGGAGGGGGUGAUAUGGUAGAUUCACAACCGAAAACGGACAGCUCCCUUGAUGGCAGUCAAAAGGACGAUAUUUCAAUGGGGUCAGUACAGAACAGCACAGAAACAUCAGAUUCGCGUUCACAAUUGACUACUGAUUCUCUAGAUAUAGAAACUAGCUCUCGUUUCACCGCCAUGCAAGUUAGUUCUGUAUAAAUAAAUAAAUGUGUAUUAUAAAAGCAAUAUUAACUUUGGUAUUUAAAUUUGAUAGAGUAUUAUGCAAUUGGGCAUAGGCAUUAUGUAUCAGCAAUAGCUAAGAUAUUAAUUGUGUUGGUUGAUGGUUGAUGGUAAGACAAGAUGCAUUAUUACGUCAUACAUAGAAUGUUUGAGAUUUAAUUCCAAUGUACUUUUGAAUGAUUAGUAUUUUAUAUAAAUGUUUAACUAAACUUUUAAUAAAAUUAUAUGUAAAUAUGUUAAACACAGUGGUAGGGUUCUAUUUAUUAAAUUUCUCGUAGUUAUUAAAUGAACAUAGAAAUAAUAAACGAUUAUGAAAUGCUGUAUCUGUGGA